GGCGAGGUGAUACUACCCUGAACUUGUCCUUCCUUUCAGUACUCGACGACGCAUAUCACCCUCAAUCUCAUGGCGAACAGUUCGAAAAUUUGGCUCAUCACCGGCGCCUCUUCAGGUUUCGGCCUCGCCAUGACCGAGUACCUCCUUUCCAAAGGCGACACCGUGAUCGCGACUCUCCGUAACCCCUCCGCCAUCUCCCAUCUCUCAUCGAAGUACCCCUCCUCGCAGCUUGAUGUCGUCCAGCUCGACGUCUCGCAGCGCGCGCAGGUUGUCGCUGCGUUUGCACACGUCAAGGAGAAGUUCGGAAGGCUGGAUGUUGUGUUCAACAACGCGGGCGUGAACAUUCUCGGCGAGGUAGAGAGCCUGAUGGACAACGAGGGCUAUAUGGAGGAUGCAAAGAAGGCUUUCGACACCAAUUUCUGGGGGGCUGCGUAUGUGAGUGGGGAGGCGGUAAAGUUCUUUAGAGAAGUGAAUCCGAAGGGAUAUGGCGGGAGGCUUUUGCAAACGUCGAGCACGUUGGGCGUCAAUGGGAGGCCAUGCGCGGGGUUCUAUGCUGCUUCUAAGCAUGCACUCGACGGCCUCAGCGAUUCGCUUGUCCAAGAACUUGACCCGAGCUGGAAUAUCAAGGUAACCGUCAUCUGCUCUGGUCCCUUCCUCACCUCCUUCGUUGGCACGAACCAGUGGCUACCCGAACAACACCCUGCAUACGCCGCGCCCGACUCCGCCUCGUCCAAGUUCCGCCACUUCCUGACGAAUCCGCCACCGAUCUUCGCAGACCCUGCCGAGGGCGUCAAGGUCGUCGAGAAGCUGGUACACAUCGAGGGCCCGCCGCUGCGCUUCCCGUUGCAUGUGAUCGCGGCGGACAGGAUGCGCGAACGCGCAACCCGGCUGAAGGAGGAUGCGGACGCGUAUCAAAGCUGGUCGGAGGGGUUUUCGGGAACGGGAGCACGCAUAUAGUAGGGGCAUGUGUAUGUUUUACAGUAAAGUGGCAACCUAAAGAGUUGAUAAGUCAGUUAAUGACUUGUAGGACGUAGACAGGAAAAAUCAGAGAGAAGAUAAAACUG